AGCUUCACUCACAGAGACAGUAUGGCGGCGUCCGGUGUGUUCAGGGCCGGCUUGUUCAACCAUAAAGUAGCGAUAGUGACCGGAGGAGGAACCGGGAUUGGAAAAGCUAUUUCUGCGGAGCUGCUGGAGCUCGGCUGCACUGUGGUGAUCUCCAGUAGGAAGGCUGAUCGGCUGAAUGCAGCAGCUCAGGAGAUGAGAAAAAAGAUCCCUUCCAGCAGCCGCACCCCUGUGCCGUGCAACAUCCGUAACCAGGAGGAGGUGAAUGCUCUCAUCUCGUCAGUGCUGAAGAAGUACGGUAGGAUAGACUAUCUGGUGAACAAUGGAGGGGGUCAGUUUAGCAGCCCCACUGAGCACAUCGCCUCUAAAGGCUGGAAGGCUGUGAUAGACACCAACCUGACUGGAACCUUUUACUGCUGCAAAGAGGUCUACACUGCCUGGAUGAAGCAGCAUGGAGGAGUCAUCGUCAACAUCAUCGCUGACAUGUGGAAGGGCUUCCCGGGCAUGGCCCACACAGGAGCAGCAAGGGCAGCGGUGGAUAACUUAACCAAGAGUCUGGCCAUUGAGUGGGCGUCCUCAGGAGUCCGAGUCAACGCAGUGGCGCCCGGGACGAUCUUCUCCAAAACUGCGAUGGAGAACUAUAAGGAGCUUGGGCCGCAUCUUUUCAAGAGGUCCAUUCCUUUCAGUCCGGCAAAGAGACUGGGAGUACCAGAAGAGAUCUCUUCCGCUGUGUGUUUCCUUCUCUCUCCUGGAGCUUCCUACAUCUCUGGAGCGACGCUGAAGGUCGAUGCAGGACAAAGUUUGUACCACAGCAUGUGGGAGAUACCUGAUCACACAUCGUGGCCCAAAGCUCCACCAGGUGAAAACCUGGAUGCUCUGGAGGAGCUCCUGAACCCACGAAGCAAACUGUGACUCAUCGUCUCUACAUGCUGCUGUAGCGACUUGGAGAAGAAACACAGCAGUUCUCUGGCUGUCAGUGCUUCUGUAUAGAUGUGGUGUGAUUAAUAAUAUGGCCUUAAUGGCAGCAGCUGUUGAAGAAUGGUAACAUGAACAGUUCAAACUAAUUCAAGCACCUGCCACAAGUCCUUUAAUGAGAUGAGAGAGAUGCCAACAGCAACAGAACUACUUGUAAUUAUGCUAAUAAAUAUUUUUGUAAUCAUCCAA